AGGUAUAAUAUUCUCAAAUUACCUCAAGACUCAUAAAGAUCAGCACCAAUAGUUUUUCUAAUAAUUUUUAAAAUUUAGUGGGAUUGGGCGAAACUUGUCAUUACAAUAACGAUUGUAGCCAAAUAUUGUGGCAUGCUCAUUGCUCCAGUGAGAAGAAAUGUACUUGCAGAUCAGACGCUAUCCAAGUCGGUCAAAGAUGUGAAGCGUUUAUAGGCGGGUUUUGCAUUUACAAUGAACAAUGCACUCCAGAAAACUCUAUUUGCUCGAACAAAAAGUGCAAAUGUAGCCACCGCUACCUAGCCGUGGCCCAUAACCUUUGCAUACGAACUACGUUAGGAGUUCCUUGCGCCAAUAACCCAUCUUGUUCAGGGAUAAAAAACGCUGUAUGCUCAAACAAUGUUUGCAGUUGUCGAUCGGGAACAAUGAAAGUUAGUUCAACCAUGUGUGGAAAAUUCUUGGAUAGCGUUUGCCGGCAAGAUGAUGACUGUGGUCCCGAGAAUUCUAUUUGUGUUGACAAUCAUUGCAAAUGUGAACCAAAUUUUUUCCGUGAAGGCAAUUUGCAGUGUAAUUCACGUAUGUUAAUUAUUUUUAUUGAUAUUCCGAGAUGAAAAUUGAAUUUUAAGAUGUUUUAUUGAUGCAGCUCAACUGAAAAUGCCUUGCAGCACAUACACUGACUGCAAUAGUUUGAUCAAGCACUCACUGUGUUCAGAAAAUAACAAAUGUGAAUGCUUUCCAACUUAUUUUCAAAUCAAUGAAACAGCGUGCGUGCCCUAUCAUGAGUCGUAUUGUUCAGACAGCGAUCCAUGCAAGCUUGAAAACUCGGUUUGCAUCAAUAAUUUGUGCCGAUGUGCUUCUCAUUAUAGUUACAUUGGGCUAAAAUGCGAGCCAACAUUUUUGGAUAAACCAUGUAAGCAACAUACUAAUGGAGACACCACAAGUUGUAAAUCAUUAUUAAAGGGAUCAUGCUUUAAAAACAGUGAUUGUUUUGUUGAAAAUAGUGUUUGCAUCAACAAUAAAUGUCAAUGUAAAAUCGACUAUGCAACUGACUUCAAUAAACGAUGUGUAUCAAAAUUAAAGACAACUUGCAAUGUUGACGAUGAAUGCAAAACACUCUACUUCCAAAAAUGCUCUAUCGAUAUGAAGAAUCUUUUUAAUUCCAGUUAUACCUUUAUGCAUAAUUUUAAAUGCAAGUUGCAAAUAGGAGACAAAUGUACGCUAGAUGAACAAUGUACUCCGAAACAUUCUCGCUGCAUUGAUAACUGGUGUCAAUGCAAGCCGAAAUUCAUGUCAUCAGAAGCUGGUAAUAAAUGUGUGUCAGUUUACUCAAAUAGAAAAUGUACAACUCAUGACGAUUGUGCUGACAUUCAGAACGGAAUGUGUUCGGAUGACAAUGUAUGUGUUUGUGAACUAGAUCAUGAGCAAACAGAUGAGAAUACAUGCUUACCAUUGUUGGGUCAAUAUUGUGAUAAACAGACAAAAUGUAUGACCGACAAUGCUAUUUGUUCCUAUAAUACAUGUGCAUGUGACACUUUAUUCACGCAACAAUCUAUUAACCGAUGCUUGCCAACUUACUUGAAACAACCUUGCAAGCUGCAAGAUGAUUGCAGACAAAUAAAGUACGCGGAAUGUUCCAAAGACAAUAAAUGUGUUUGUCGUUCAAAUUACAUCGAAUUAAACGCCGUGACAUGCGCACCAUUUUUAGGGGGAUACUGUGAAAGCGAUGAAGAAUGUUUUGUCAAUCAAACAAAAUGCAUCGAUAAUAAGUGUGCACAUGCUCCAAAUGUGAGACCUCGAACCAUCGAACAACAUCCACCUUCUUCGACACGUAAGUGUCAAGACGAUAAAGAUUGUCUUGUUGUAAAAAACACAAAAUGUCUUGCGAAUGGCGAAUGUGGCUGUAAGCUGAAUCACAUUUCAGUAAACCAGACACUAUGCUUGCCACUUUUGAAUGAAGAUUGUUCAAAUUCUACAUGUAUUGUCGAUAAUUCGUAUUGCAUUGAAGACCAGUGUCAAUGCGCGGAUCAUUUUGUUCAGCAUUUAAAUGACAAAUGUUUACCAACUUGGUUGAACGAGCCUUGCAAAAUUGACGCCGACUGCAAGGAAAUAAAAAAUGCAGUAUGCUCGAAGAAGAAAACGUGCGUUUGCAAAAAGUCAUUUAAUCAAUUCAGCUUGACGAGGUGUACAUCACUUACUGAAGAAUUUUGUACGUCAAACAAGGAUUGUCCAGUGGAGAAUUCAGCAUGCACUAAUAAUUUCUGUGAAUGCAAACCUGGCUUCGAACAAUUCUACAAUAAUCAAUGUAUACCACAGAUGGCGAUGUCUUCUUGUAGCGAUGAUCUGGAAUGUGGAGAACCCUGGCACGGAGAAUGCUCAAAUGAAAAAAAGUGUUCAUGCAAAGAAAACAGUGUGGCGAUCAAUAUUUCAACAUGUUAUCCGCUUCUAAAAGGUCUCUGCUGGCGCGACGAACAAUGUGUCACAAAAAAUUCUGUUUGUCUGGAUUAUCAUUGCUUCUGUGAAGUUGGCUACAUUCCCGUCGCCAAUAAUUUGUGCGUCAGAGUGAAUUUAUGAAAAUAAUUUCUUCUAUAGACAAAAUCAAUACCUUCAUGACCCACUGAGCUCUGCAGUUUUAACCCAUAAGAAAGCAUCUAUCGACAACAGCAAAUCCUCUUUUAUCUCUCGCUGACAUUAUUUUCUGAGGGUUCGAACUGCAUUAUCCAAAGCGAGAAGCUUUUUUAUCCACGUACGUUUACAGAGAAGACUUCUUAACGACAACUGAUGUCUUCAAGAUGACUUACCAUAUAAAUAACUAGAAUAAGUACUCACAAUAUUCAAUUUUUGAUAUUUAAGAAAGAAAUUCGAGAAAAUCUUACAUUUCAUGACCAGGCAUUAUAAUUUUUGUUGUACGAAAAUUUUUAUAACAUAUGGACCCGUGUAGAGAGGCUUACAGUAAGAGCGCCAUAAAACUAGACUUACCAUGUCAUUUGAAACUUUUUAUUUUUAUAAGAUCGAUGAGUUUAAGUGUAUUAUUUGUGAACUUAAUUUGUAAAUAGUAAUGAAAGUUUUUAAGUUAAAGAUCAAAUAAUCGAUUUAAUUGUUUUGUUAUUUAAAAUUGUCUGAAAUAAC